UUUAUGUAGCACCGGAACUUUUAUUUUGGCACAUCUAAGCGAAACCUCCGGAAACGACAUCAGCGUCCACUAUAGCAACGGUCUCUCAGCGUUUUACACCAUUUCAGACCGAAAACCAAAACAACACAGGGAAGCAUCACUACAUCGCCAACAAACGCGUAUUCUGAACUGACCCUGACACAAAACAUUACCAGCGGAACUGCAGGCAGUUCAAACGCAGAGCAGCGCAAAGGAUGGCGAAUUACCGGGCGUUUCACACCCAGCUCGCGACCAUCAUGGAGACGCUGACGCGCGCGGCGGUUGCCGAGAUCUGCGAGCUCGUGGACGAUGGCUACGCCGUUUUACACAUCGAGAUUUCGCGCCACCAGAAAGAGAAUGAGGAGCUCCGACGGAAACUGCAGCUCAUCGAGUCUAUCGUUGCAGCGCGGGGGUUCAGCGACGAGAACGGGUCGGCGCGAGACGCACGGUGUGACGGCAAUACUCGCGAAGCGCCGGUGAGCAGAAAAGCGUCCGCAAGCGGAGAGUCUACGAGCUGGCAAACCGCGGCAGAUUCGCGUGAGUCUCGUGAGGAAGGAGAUCUGAUUCAGAUGCAAAUCAAACAGGAAGGUCUGGAACAGACACCGCUGGAAGAUGAAGACGACGAUGAUGAUGGUGAAAGUGUCUCUGUUGUAACUCACGAUUCUCCUAAACCAGAAGUUACUGAGACCACAGGGCAGGACUCCCACACGCUUACACACUCCCCUGUGCUCGACACACACUGUCACCCGCUCACACACUCCCCUGAUCAUGACACGCACUCUCACACACUAACGUUUGCAGACACACACUCUGGUGCAGAUGAGUCCCAGCACUCCAGUAUCGAUUUGACAAUUUCAGAUGAUUCUUCUUACCCCCUCUCGCAAACCAUCCCGGAGACACGUGUGUCCCAUCUCCAUCGAGUGUUUCAAGAAGAUUUGGGUUUAAAAGCUGAUCUUGACCCGGUCUCCGACUGGGCCGCACGCACUGUCCGCAACACGCUUGCACACUCGCAAACCUCUCCGCAGAGUGUCGGUGGCUCAGACCCUCUUGUAUCCCAUAACUCUCCUUUGUUUGCUGCGCAGCGGCUGGUUGCCCUGGGUAAUGUCCCUGGGCUGGGUGUCUAUGGGCAGUUUGGCGCUUUGCGGGGAGGCGGAGCCAACAAGAGACACUUUAUCUGCUCGAUUUGUGGAAAGAGUUUCACCACAUCGCAGAGUUUGGACACGCACAUGCGCAUUCACACCGGAGAACGGCCGUACCGCUGCGAGCAGUGCGGGAAGCGCUUUACUCAGUCUGGCCAUCUCACGGCUCACCAAACUGUCCACACCGGAGAGAGACCGUACGAGUGCACCCGCUGCGGGAAACGAUUCGCAGGAAAGCAAUAUCUGCGCAUACACACCAAGAAACACCAUCCUGACCUACACACGCUCUCACAUAUACCAACACAAACACAGCAAGAAUCACUACCCUGACUUAAACGGUACAACUGAGAGAAGGAAAGAUACUGUUUGAUUAUUUAUUGUUUUUUACCUAUAUUUAUAUAUUAAAAUGUUGGUGGAGGACUUUUUGUAGCUUUGCAUUGGUCAAACAUGAAAAGCUAAUUGAGAUUAUAUACACCUGUUAGCGAGAUUUACUUUGUAAACAAUACUAAAACCUGCAUUUGGAAGGCAAAAAGUCUGGAUUGAAAACAUCUACGUGAGCCGAAACUUGUUAGGGGUUUGUUUCUACCUGGUAUUAAGAUGCGUUUUGGUCAAUCUGAUCACUAGUCAUCGAGAGAGAAUUUCCUGUUCACACCUGGUGGGGUCUCAUUUAUAAAACCGUGCGCCCAAAAGCCAAAAAUGGCAUACGGCAAAAAAUAUUAAGACUAAAACAAAGCAAUGUUCCCUUUAUAAAUCACAGAUCAUCUGCAAGUAUCUGAAUAUGGUUGAAAGUGAGUAAGUUAAAAAGUUUUUGACCCCAUUUACACCUGUUUUAAAGCAACACUAAAGAGUUUUUGCUCUUUGCUCCCCCUACAGGUUGGAAGCGGAAUUGUCCAUUACCACUGUCGUAAAUAAUUUAGCCUACUGCAGCAAAGCUGGCUCUGAUUGGAUUGUAGGUCUGCGUAAAGCAAGUUUUUGUAGCUUUCACUCAAACUACAGGACCGCGACCCGACGGUUGGAAACUUCUUUAGUGCGGUUUUGGCCAAUAGAGGGCUGCUAAGCGAAUGUGAAAGUGCCGUUCACCCUGUUUCGAGUGGAUGAACGACUGAAACUUUUUCGGAAACGUUAUUUUAAGGUAAAAAAACUCUUUAGUGUUGCUUUAAUUUGUGAUCUGAUCGACUGAAACAUUUUAAUACCAAUGUGAACAGGGCCUAAGACUCUCAAGAGGAUGUGCACAUAGAGUCCCUGUUGACAACAAAAAAUUGCACAUAAAGAUGUACUUGAUGUACAGGACAAUGUGUGGUUAUUUUAAUAAUGGUUUUGUUAUUAUCUAAAUUAGAUGUAAUGAUAGAAUCUACAUUUAUAUGAGAAACACUAACUGGGUUUAUCUGUGUUUUACUUUAUAAUAAACAUCAACUGAGGAAU